CGCCCAGCAGCCCGGGGGCACCUGCCGGCCGCGGGCGGUGCAGACGCGGCAUCCCCGGGCGGGGGCACCGGCCUGGUCGCAGCGCCAUGGGGCCCGGCGCGCUGAGCGUGUCCAUGCCCGGCUGACCGGCCCGGCCCUCGCCAUCCAGCCCUGCCACCAUCGCCUGGGCGCCGCCUCCGUCCGCCUCUCCCUCUCCCUCUCCGCCUCUCUCUCUCUCUCUCUUUCUCUCUCUCUCUCGCUUUCUGUGCAUUCUUGCCUCCACUCCGCUGAGGAUGUAUGGGGUGGCCUGAUGUAACUGGGUAGUACCAAGUCGGAUCACCGUGCCUAGCCGGGUAAUGUUGCUGUAGGCAGAGAGAGAGAGAGAGAGAGAGAGAGGGAGCGGGAGAGGGGAGAGAGGAGAGAGAGACUGAGACAGACCUGGGGGAGGAGGGGAUCAGGAAAUUCACCCCCCCCCACCUUUAAGUCCAUGCCGAUUCUGCAAGCAGCGGCCGCGGAGCCCACCCGGUGGAGUCGCCCAGGGCUGCGCGUCGUCAAAAUAUGACCAGGGGCGCCUGGAUGUGUCGGCAGCUUGACGACGGCUUUAACAUCUGGUUGGCGGCACCCCGGGAGCACGAGAGGCCGUUCGGCGACUCCGAGAGGGCUCAGAAAUGGCGCCUGUCCCUGGCCUCGCUGCUCUUCUUCAGCGUCCUGCUGUCUGAUCACUUGUGGUUCUGCGCCGAGGCCAAGCUCAGUCGCGCCCGGGACAAGGAGCAGCGGCAGCAGCGCCACCGGCAGCACCAGCAGCACCAGCAGCACCAGCAGCAGCAACAGCGCCACCGGCCGCCGCCGCCCCAGGAGCCCUCGUGGCCCGCGCUGCUGGCCGGCAUGGGGGAGCCCAGGAUGCUCCCCACCUCCACGCCGUCCUCCUCCACCCCGUCCUCCUCCUCCUCCUCCUCUUCCUCCUCCUCUUCCUCCUCCUCCUCUUCCUCCUCCUCUUCCUCCUCCUCCUCCUCCUCCUCCUCCUCCUCCAACUCCUCCUCCAACUCCUCGGGGUCUCCCAGCCUGCCCCCCUCGGCCGCAGACACCAAGGGCCCCCGGGGAGGCCGGAGGCGCAGCAGCCGGCAGGUGCACCUGGACCACUCUUCUGCCCGGCCGCUGUGGCGUCUGGAGACUUGCUACCCCCAGGGCGCCUCCUCUGGCCAGUGCUUCACGGUGGACAGCGCGGACGCCGUGUGCGCCAGGAACUGGAGUCGGGGGGCAUCCCCGCCGUGGCCCCAGCCGCCCCUCUGGAACUUGUCUGAUUUUUACCUGUCCUUUUGUAAUUCCUACACACUCUGGGAGUUGUUCUCCGGGCUGGCCAGCCCCAACACUUUGAACUGCAGCCUCGAGGUGGUGCUCCAGGAGGGGGGCGAGAGAAGCGCCUGCCGACAGUGCGUGGAGGCUUACCAAGACUACGACCACCACGCUCAGGAGAAGUACGAAGAGUUUGAGAGCGUGCUCCACAAGUACUUGCAGUCGCAGGAGUACUCGGUGAAAUCCUGUCCCGAGGACUGUAAGAUUGUGUACAAGGCCUGGCUGUGUUCCCAGUACUUUGAAGUGGCACAGUUUAACUGCAGGAAGACCAUUCCUUGCAAACAAUACUGCUUGGAGGUUCAGACCAGGUGUCCAUUCAUCUUGCCCGAUAAUGAUGAAGUCAUCUACGGGGGACUGUCGAGUUUCAUCUGUACAGGGCUCUACGAAACCUUUCUAACCAGCGAUGAACCCGAAUGCUGUGACGUCAGGACAGAAAGGCACCGCAGCACCCCAUCCAGAGGAGAGGUGGACCGCAGGACAUCACCCCCGGUGUCGUCCGCCAGCAGACUCUGUCCCGGCAGACUCAAACUGUGUGUCCUUGUCCUGAUGCUCCUCCACACCGUCCUCACUGCCUCCGCCGCACACAACGCCACAAGCCUGGGUCUGGGAGGCAUCAACACUUUGGAAGAAAGUUCAGCCAACGAGGACUGAAAGGGGUGUGGUGGGCUGGGGGGGGCGUCCUGGCUGCUGCCACCCCCUGAACACAGGACUGUAGCCCCCUGAAGACACCACUUUUUUAUGGAUGAACAGUCUGUCCCCAGUGACUUAAGACUUUCUCACACCAUUUUAUACACUGCGUUUUCACGUUGAGAGAUUUUUGUUUUGGGUUUUUUUUCUGUUUGGUUGGUUUUAGUUUUGUUUUGCUUUCCUCUUUGUUCAGGCUCUUUUGUCAUGCGUUUCAUUUUCUUCUCUUUUCUUUUUUAUUUUAUUUUUGUGCCCUCCCCACACUUGUUAAUAAUAGAAUUUAUUUUGGGGGAGGGAUGGUUUCCUUAGAAGUUAAAUUAAGUCUUCUCUCUCUCUCUAGAUAUAUUUCUAGUCAUUGCGUGUGUUCAUCAGAUAGUUCUGUCUUUAUGUCCUGCCUGUUUCUAUUAGAGGAAUAAUUGCUAUGACCUCAUGGUGUAAAAAAAAAAAAAAUACAAAAACAAAACAGAAAAGUAACAAAAAAAAUCAUAAAAAUAAAAAAGACAAAAAAAACAACAAAAAACAAAAAUAAACAAAAAAAAAUUCCCUAAGCCUCCCUCCACCUGACGGAGCCCAGGCCCUGCCCUGCCCUGCCCAACCUUCCUCCCUGGCCUCCCCCACCCCUGGCCUCCAAGCAGACACUUUUGCUUGCUGCCGUCCCUGUGGCUGCAGUGAACGGGUGGAGACAAGCGCGUGGGCUCUGAGCCCACCCCCCUGAGUCAUACAACACCCCUCCACUCAGUGGUGUGGAACCAAGGGAGCUGGACAAAUAAGUGAGCUCCAGGACAGGUGGAAUCAGACAGUUCACAUAUUUUUAUGUUGAAACUAAAAUCCAAGCAAUGAAAACUUUCAUGAACUCUUGUUGCUUCAGCUCCCAUCCCUGAAGGGCCAGUACGUCCCCCCCCUGGUCAGUGGCUUGGGGGAGCCACCUGGCAUUUCUGCCAGAGAUAGGAAGUCCCCUCUGAACGGCCUUGUGACUUCAGUGCCAGGGCAGGAUGAGCCCAGCGUGGUUUGACCAUUGGAGUGGGAACCUGGAGACUGAGGGGAAAAUAAUCUGGAUUUGUUUCCUCCUUGAUAGUAUGGAGGAAACUGUAGGAAAGAUCAGACACCCGCCUAGAUUGAAUGAAUAUAUAUGAUUUUAUCUCAGUAUCUCCCCAACCAAUGAUUUAAAAUGAUUCCAGGUAUAAAGUGUAUACAGGUAUGCAGUAUAACACACACACACACACACACACACACAGAGAACUUCUUUUUAAAAAGACAAAACAAACCAAGUACAUAGGUCAGCCAUUCUCAUUCAAGUGCAAAAAAAAAAAAAGUUUAUCACUCUCACAUACUCUAGGUAGUUGAAGAAAAGAGGAUAAAUCUGAUGGCUCCGAUUGUGAUUGUUUUUAAUGUGUGUUGGCACAUCUCACCUGCUGAGUCUAUACGAAUUUGCUUUCUCCAAAAGCCUUGUGUGAGUUUACAGUUCAAUCCAUGGAAGGAAGAGUUCAUAAGGGCUGUUUUUAAAAACAAACAAAAAGAAUAAUUUAACAAAAACAAGAACACACAAUCUAUAUUCCUUCCUGUUCUCUUACUACACUCGAAAGUGCACCUCAGGUAAGUUUACUGUGUAGGCAGGAGAUGGAGGGAACCCAUAGAAAAGGUCCUCUUAGUAAACAAAAUUUAAUUCUGAUCUUGCUAGCUGUGAACUUCCCCAGGCAUUUGUCUCUGUUCAGACUUUAAUCUCUGCAUCAUACCCAACCUUGCAACAUGCGUAUAGUAUGCCUAUUUUGUUUUUGGAUAAAACAAUGUUUUGUUCCAGUCUGUUAAGAAUAUUAAAAAAUAAUAAUAAUAAAGGUAUUGCUUAAUAAAAUUGCUAGAAUUGUUUAGCAGUACAUGCACAAA